CUCGGAGACGAUGCAUGCGUGUGGCGUCGCAAUGGUGAUCUUCAAGAUCAUGCCACGUCUAGAUGUAGUGGGCGCCCUGACACUGUCAAUCUCCGUCGGCAUAUUCCCCGGUAUCUUCAGCAUGCUGUCACGCAGUAGCAACGACAAGAGGACCACAGGAGACGUCGUACUAGAUAUUGCCGCUAUCUUCUUACAGAUUGUGGGGAUCUGCUACCUUACAGUACUUCACAUCGUAGGAAUGCCUGCACAGACUGAGUUGGCAAGAUACGACAUCUGGAUGAUUCCACUUGCCACGCUAUGCAUCUCGCUGUCUUACUGGGAGAAUUACAUCAGUGAGAAAUCUUCUCACGAGUGCAUCGCCUCCUGGGCGAACAUUAAGGAAGAGGUCAGGAAACUGCGGCCCAAGAUCUACGUGUUCGUCACAAUGUGGAAGAUGCUGCUGCUGAUGGCGUUGAUGGUGUUGUUGACGAUGGAUGUCGUUCCCGUGCAAUCGCUGUUCCAUGCCAACAUCGCCAAUCCAGAGCCGUACGUGGUGAUCUUUAAUAACGGCACUUUGGCGCAGAAACUGACCGAUGACCACGACGCGAUCAACGUGUUUCUGAUCGGCGCGUUCAGCGCCUGGAUGUGCUUCAUGGCGGGCAAGUACGCCUGCAAGCUGCUGAUCCAGCGCUACAGCUUCGCGACGCCGCUCGUGCUCGCACUGCCCACCUGCUUCGGUCUACUCGUCAUCCUCAGCCACGUAGCAAACCAGCAGAACGGCUGCUUCAUGAAGGAGAUCAUGCCCGGCUACCUGGACUGGAAUUGGGCCGCGGUGCGAGCUGACGGUCUCGAGCCGGUGGACAGACUCACGGUGGUGAUCGAGCUGCUUGUCUGCAUUGCGCUGAUUGCCUCCCACAUAAGGAUCACAUCGCAUAUUUGGUUUCCGGCAUGUGAACGUCUCGCCAAGACAAUCAAACUGUUUCAGAAGCCGAGUCAUUGUAGCGUGCUGGCGGACGUCGACCUGGCUCUUAACCGUCGACGCGACGAUGGAAUACUAGUGAAGGGUGACCUGCUCGCCAGACUAGAGAUGACCUUAGAGUUGAGAGUGCAGGGUGCAUGUCCGGUGCGCGUGACGAAUACGUUUUUUCUCGCGAAGACGAUGCAUGCGUGUGGCGGUCGCAAUGGUGAUCUUCAAGAUCAUGCCACGUCUAGAUGUAGUGGGGCCGCCGCUGACACUGUCAAUCUCGUCGGCAUAUUCCCGCGCCUGCACAGACUGAGUUUGGCAAGAUACGACAUCUGGAUGAUUCCACUUGCCACGCUAUGCAUCUCGCUGUCUUACUGGGAGAAUUACAUCAGUGAGAAAUCUUCUCACGAGUGCAUCGCCUCCUGGGCAAACAUUAAGGAAGAGGUCAGGAAACUGCGGCCCAAGAUCUACGUGUUCGUCACAAUGUGGAAGAUGCUGCUGCUGAUGGCGUUGAUGGUGUUGUUGACGAUGGAUGUCGUUCCGCGUGCAACGCUGUUCCAUGCCAACAUCGCCAUCCAGAGCCGAAACUGCACCGAUGACCACGACGCGAUCAACGUGUUUCUGAUCGCGCGCGUUCAGCGCUGGAUGUGCUUCAUGGCGGGCAAGUACGCCUGCAAGCUGCUGAUCCACGCGCUACAGCUUCGCGACGCGCUCGUGCUCUCGCACUGCCCACCUGCUCGGUCUACUCGUCCAUCCUCAGCCACGUAG